AUGGCGGAUAAUUCCGAGGAAGAGGUGCGAGAGCAACUAAAAGCUGCACUAUGGUUCGCUGUGGGGAAGAUGGUUGACGAAGAGACCCUGAGGAGAAACAGAAAUGUCACUCCCCAGUUUAUCGGCGCUUUAACUGAGAUGGUCUGGGCUCAAAUAGAAAACGUUGCGUUGGAUCUAGAAAACUUUAGUCGCCAUGCAGGACGUACUACCAUCAACACAGACGAUGUCCUUCUGCUAGCCAGGCGAAAUCAAGAUCUCCAUGCCAUCAUCAAAGAUUUCGUAGACAAGCAAAAGGCUUCCAAAGCAAAGGGCAAAUCAAAAAGAUGA